CUCUCAGCAGAGGAUGUGUCUGGGAGAGAGAGUGUGUGUGAGGGAAGAGAGGAAAGCCGUCAAUAGAAUGGAUAUGUGCUCUCUCUCCUCCACCCUUUCUUCUCCUUCUUCUUCUUCUUCUCCUCCUCCUCCUCCUCCUCUCUGUCAUCUCUGUCUUUCCUCACCCUCCUCUGCUGGCAUCGCACCCUGGGCAACCUCAGCGCCGGGCCUCAGGGUAAAGGAGACUCGUUGGGUGGACAGGCGGCUGAAAACUGAACUUCAAUGUCCGCAGGGGAUCAGAAGAAUGGUGGUGACAAACCAGAAGUGGCAGUGGCGGAGGUAUGGCCAGAGGUGGAGAGGGCUGAGUGUUUGGCCCGCGGCGCUGCCUUGAAGUGGGCGUCAGGUGUUUUCUGUCGACCUGAACAUCUGGAGCGACUGAGCCAGUACAAGAAGAGAGAGAGCCAGAGGACGUCCUCCGUACACACCAGACUCAAGUCCAUGGUCCAGUCGUAUCUGGAGGGGGUGGGCUGGGGUCUGGAGCAGCUCCGGGAGGCCAGGGUGGAGCUGAAGGAGGUGUCACAUGCUUUGAGGAAGGCUGGGUUGGAGUCUAAUCGAAACGGAGAUGGGGUGAAAUCUCUGGAGAGGCUGCGAGAAGUGUCAGUCAACCACUGUCAGCUCCUCGCCGCCGUCAGCAACCUGCCACGACUUUACUCUGUGCGAAGUAUGGUGUUGGAGACCGAGCGUCUGGUGGAGUCCCGCAGGCUCCUGGAGGCACAUGCCCGCCUCAUGGAUCUGGAGUGCUGGCAGGACGACAUCCUCUGGCAGCUCCAAGGGGCUGCUGGGACGGCAGGAGGUGCGCUUAGCCCUGAAGACCAGGAACUGGUGACCAAAUACUUCUCUGGUGUCGGGCAGCUGGUGGAGGCUCUGGGUAAGGAACUGUGGGCGGUGGUGAGCAGCGCUCUGGCUCUGGCCCGCCAAAACCCCACGCCGUUUGUGUCAGCGGUGAGGAUCGUGGAGCGAGAGGAGGCCCUGGACCGAGCUCUGCUGGAGGAGAGAGGGGGGAGCAGCAGACCUCUUCCCCUUGGACGACCUCGCUGCUGGAGAGCAUGUUUCUUCCAGGUACUAGAUGAGGCGGUGUCUGCUCGGUUUCGCAGUGUGUCCUACCUGCACACGCGAGGUCCGGGCCUGGCGGGCCACCUCUCUGCUCUCCAGCACGGUAUCAUGGCUGAUCUGGCCACCGUACGGCACCUGCUGGAGCACUGCGUCCCACCACACUACCGUCUAACUGGAGCUUACCUGAGGGCCAGCCACCGCUGUUUACAUGCCCACCUGGCACAGGUUAGCAGCUGGGACUUGGAAAGUGGUGAAAUCUUCGCUGUGCUCAACUGGGUGCUUCACAUCUACAACAGCCCAGACAUGAUGGGUCAACCAGAGCUGGUCGCUGAGAUGGAGAAAGAAGAACUGGGACCUAUUAUCUCCACUGAGGGACUGGAGCAGCUACAAAACAAAUACGUGCAGAGCGUGCGGAAGAGUGUGUCGGAGUGGAUGCACAAAGCUCUGCAGGUGGAGCUGCAAGACUGGCAGAGAGACCAGGAGCCGGAUACAGACCAUGAAGGUUUCUACCAAACCAGUCUGCCCACUAUCAUUACACAGAUGCUGGAGGAGAACGCCCGGGUGGCUCUGAUGAUCGGAGUAUCCCUGCGAGACCAGACCAUACAGAUGGGACUGUAUGAGAUGGAGAACCUCCUGAACAGGUUUCGAGAAGCUCUGGUGGAGUUCGGGAAGGAGCAUCGCAGAAAUCCAAGCAACAACAACAACAAGUUCUACCUCCACUAUCUGCUGGCCUCCAUCAGCAACUGCAUCAUCCUCAAGAAGUCCACAGAGAGCCUGCAGCAGCAGCAGUCGUCCCGGUCGGCGGCCCAGUUCUCUCGGACUCCCCCCAACCCGCUGGCAGCUCUGGACCGGGCAGUGAGGCGCGCGUGUCGCCUGGUGAUGGAUCAACUCCUGCUGGACCUCCAGCCUCUCCUCCCAGGCUUGCUUACCCGACCCUGGCUGGUCCAGGGAGACCCCACCCCCAAACUCUGCCGCGUCCUGGAGCGACACCUGGAGCUGUAUGGCCGCGUUCGACCCCCCUGCCGGCAGCGCCUGCAGGAGGAGGCUCAGUGGCUGAUGGUGGUGGAGUACGUCCGGGCUCUGAUGCAGAAGAGGCUGGUGUGCCGCAGCGGCGAGGAGAGGAGGCUGCUCGCUCAGCAGAUGGUUCAGGACGACCAGCAGUUCAGAGAAAUCUUCCAUGGCCUGGAGGGUGAGGGGUCAGUACCUGAAGUGAACCCUUUGGCCUUACUACCUGUCCUGGCUGACUUCAUCCAACUCAAAGACCCCGGCAUGCUCCCUCUAGAAGUGUCAGGAUUAGCAACCAAAUACCCCGACAUCAGUGAAGAGCACGUUUCUGUGCUGCUGGACAUCCGUGGUGAUGUCUCCAGGGACACCAGAGGGACAGUACUGGACCUGCUGGAGCAGAGUGCCCCCCCUCUGCCAGCAGGAUACCGGCCUAUCUUCACAGAUAUCCUGGUGCCACCCUCCACCAUGGCCUUCUGUCUGCCUACUGCCAAGUGCGCAUGACCACAGAGACUGAGUCUGUGGCCCUUAGAGUCAAAUCAGGGUUGGUUCUCUAACAGAUCACCAUCCAGAUCCUGUUAGCUCACCAUUAGAUUGCAAAAACGCAGGACUAAGCUGGGUCUAGAUCUAGCUGUUCCUGCUGAGGUUCAAAUUAAGAUGAUGGGUGGUCAUGCUUUUUUAUCCAGAGAAAAUCAACACAGUAUCCAGUUUUUUUCAGAAGCUUAAGGUUAGAGUUAGAGGGUUAGGGUUAGAGGAUUAGGGUUAGGGUUACAGUUCAGCAGAGGUCUGAGCUGGUGACUCGCUGGUCUGACUUCAGCUGAUAUUCAGCUGGGAAGUAAAAUUUUGAAUCUAUGAGCUGCUGUGGCGCCUUAGGUCAUCAGAGUUUGUUUAAUUCACUAAAAUAUUGAAGGUAAAACAUCUUAUGAGUCUGUCACAUGCUGUCAUGUGUCUCAACAAUUUCUGCUACAUAUUUAACUUUGACAUUAAAGCUGAAGUAAGCAACAACAACUUUUUAAGUUUAAACUUGAACAGUUUGAAGUAACAUGACUUUUAGUAACUGUACUCAAUGUUCUCUGUGUGACAACUUGGCCAGUGCAUUUUACUAUCAAAUGUAUGUUGCAGCUUUAAAAUGUCAACUUUCUUUUCACUGUCAACUGUUUUCACUGAAAGUGCUCUGAACAAUCUCCUCUCAACUCUUCGUAUAUGGGUGGGGUCAGGUAUCUCUUAAAACUUAAGCACACAAAUCUGCAUGGCUACAUAUUAUGACAGAGAAGUGUUUGUUUUUUUGUGACUUUUUAUGGACUGAUCCCUUUAAGUUAUACCCAUCACAUCACACUGUAUUACCUAGGCCUGUCACAAUAAUUACAUCAUCAACUUCCAACAACCACUCUCCAAUCUCACCCCCCACCCCCUUUACUUUACUAUGCUAUUAUAUUAUCAUUAUAUCAGUGGUAUAAAAUUAGUUAUUGUGACGGGCCUAGUAUCACUCAUUCCAUAUUUUUGAACAGGACGUUGUGACAUUUCUCUGAACCCCCGACCAACACUUAAAAAAACAAUGAUUGAGACAACCACAGCAGAGCACAUUUCUGCAUUUGUGACAUAUACCUGAUAUCUGAGUGUAUUCAACAUACAAAGCGUCUGAUACUGAAGAACUGAAGUGGCUCAUUAAUUUGUAUAAUAUGCAAGUUUUCUGUUACUCUCAGCCUAAGGAGUCUUUAUGUAUAUAUUCAGAUAAAAUAACCUAGUUUCAUGUAUUUUCAAUUAAAAAGUCAAAUCUAAAAGGUUGCAGUCCAUGCAGCAUGUGGAUGGUUAUUUUGCAGCACGUAACAACAAAAGUAGAUGGAUCAGUUACACUGUAUGGUAUAUGAUUUUGAGAAUAUAAAGAGUUUUAUUAAAGCGUCAUCACAUCGCAGUCUGGACUUCAGACUGAACAUGGUUUUUAGGUGAGGGCUUCUUGACUGUGAGCUGUCCCACCUGAGGAACUGAGGCUGCUAAUUCAUUACCUUUAAAAUCCCCUUUUUCAUCAGCUAGUCUUUAUGUAUUUUCUAUGUGGUCCAAUUUUAUCUUGUAUUUUUGUUCAUAUUGGUUAUUUUUUAUCUAUUUUUAUUGUAUUUAUUGUAUUUAUGUAUUAGUUUUCUACAAUUUCCUUUUGAAUAGUGUUUCCUGUUGUUAUUUCAAAGGAUAUUUCCCUUGUUCUGGUUCAAUGCCAACUUGUAAACAAAUUGUAAACUCUGCUACAUAAAUGCUUAAA